AUGCCUACCCUGGCUUUGACUGACUUUGCUGAUGGCCUUGAGAAAAAUGAUACGGCCAGGAGGUCAGCCCGGGAAAGUGGCAAGGCCAUUGUCUGGCCAAGCCCGGAAACUGUGGGCAUAGCAUCAAUGACCUUUGGCCUUCAACUGACCUACUCACCCAUUCUCUAUCCAUGUCUUCCUGGCAUUACUUGCAUUCGCCAAGCGACCUUGUUUGUGCAUCUGAGGAAGGCGGUCGCGAUGAACGGUGAUGCCUUGAAAGUGGACUCUGUUCGGGAGAUCUUCGAGAGCUUUUCUGUGUGGCUCCCGGACUACAACAACGACAUGAUGUCGCUCCAUGACGCAGAGAAUCAAACCCCGAAGGUGAAGCAACUUGUUCGGGCGAAUUCUGUGUUUGAUCCUGCCCGAGCAGAUGCAUUGGUGCAGCUGUCCUCGCCAGAGCCCCCGACGCCGGCAGCAACGAAGCCAGAUGCCACGGUGAAGGCCGCGCAAGCAGCCUUGGCUGAUCAGCAGGAGAAGGACUUGAAUGAGAAGAUUGCUCUCAUUGAAAUGCACCACGCCAGCGGCAGCACGGAUAUUGUGCCAACCGAAGAUCUGGAUGGGCGCCUGCAGAUGAGGCUGAGCCUAUGGAGAAGCCAAGCCAGGAAGAUGCCGAUAGCCAGUCCGAGGAUGCAGAGCCUGCCCCCUGCAAGCGCCCUGCAGGGAAGAAGUCGGCAACUGGUGGCCGCGCUGACAAGUCUGGGAGAAUGCCAGCUGAUCUCAAGACAUGCUACAACCGGGAUGAGCGUCCUGUGCCCACAACGCCAGAGAUCAUGA